AUGUCGACUCCUACUCGUUUAUUCUGUGUCGCUCGGCGAGCAAAAACUUGGAAUUCGCGCGUCACAUCGCAUUCGUCGGCUCGGAGCGCCCUGUUCGCCACAAAUCAGCGUAGGAAUAUAUCACAGUACAAUGACCAGGGACCAUAUGAUCCAGAUGAGGACAAGACACCACGGCGAAGAUACGUAUUCGGUGGGGCGAUAGUUAUUGGUGUUCUAGCCGCAGUCGCGACAUCUCUAGCUGGAAGAAAAUCGAGGCUGGACCAAGUUCCAGCCGAAUUCGAAAAGGAUCCGGCAACUGACGUGCAAUUUCCUACGACGCUACAGCUCCCGGGCACGCCACCACUGACAUUGCUGGGGCUCGGCGUACGGACAGUGUCCAUUCUCGGCCUCAAGGUGUAUAGCGUUGGAUUCUAUGCAGAUAUUCAGCAACCCGGGUUUCAGCCUCGACUCGAUGGCACACCGGAGGAGCAAAUUGAGCACAUUGUCCGCAACACCACUUGCGCGCUACGCAUAGUUCCCGUUCGAUCGACCUCACACACCCAUUUGCGCGAUGGAUUUGUGCGUGCCGUCCAGUCUCGGAUAACCCUAGCCCGGCAGCAAGGUCUCCUGACAACAGAACAAGAGGACGCUCUUCUCCAACCCGUUCAGACAAUGAAGGGCCUGUUCCCAAACGUUUCGUUACCCAAGCACCAACCUCUGCAUGUCGUGCUCACCUCGCCUAAUCGGAAUGGAACACGAACGCUUUACUUCCCCGAACUUGGGCGAGUUGACGACCCUUGGCUAGCGAAUGAAUUCUUCUUGGCGUACUUUGCCGGAAAAGGAAUAAGUCCUGCCAUGAAGAAGUCGGUAGAGGACACUAUCGAAAAGAUUACAAGUCAAAGGUAG